AAAAAGCCAUUCCUGAGAACAAAUGAAGCCAGUUCAGUUUCACUCAGACAGUCAGCACCAUGGGCAACUGGGUGGUGAAUGAGGGACUUUCCAUAUUUGUUAUUUUUGUGUGGCUGGGCAUAAAUGUCUUCCUUUUCUGGUGGUACUACUUGGUAUACGCUGAUGGGGAAAAAUUCUACUAUACAAGAGAACUCCUCGGGCCUUACUUGGCACUAGCUCGGGCACCCGCAGCAUGUCUGAAUUUCAACUGCAUGUUGGUUCUGCUUCCUGUGUGUCGAAAUCUACUUUCUUUCCUCAGAGGCUCAAGUGCGUGCUGCUCUGUGCGUGUAAGAAGACAGUUGGACAGGAACCUCACAUUUCACAAACUUGUGGCUUGGAUGAUUGCUCUCCAUACUACAAUCCACACAAUUGCACAUUUGUUUAAUGUAGAAAAACUGGUGGAUGCACGUACUAAACAUGAAGGAGACAUUCAGGCUGCACUGUCUGAUUUGGGUGAUCAUGAAGGAGAAUCAUACCUGAAUUUUGCUCGAAAGAGGCUUGAGAAUCCCGAUGGUGGUUUCUAUGUAGCAUUCACAACCCUGGCAGGCCUCACUGGUGUUAUCAUCACAUUGUGUCUAAUACUGAUAAUCACAUCAUCUACUAAAACCAUUCGAAGGUCAUACUUUGAAGUAUUUUGGUUUACUCACCACCUGUUUGUUAUCUUUUUUAUUGGCCUUGCCAUCCAUGGAGCUGGACAAAUUGUACGAGGACAAACACGUGCCAGUCUGGAUGUGCAUAAGCCACAUAUAUGUGCCAAAAAUUUCACUGAAUGGGGAAAAUCGCCUUCUUGUCCUGUACCACAGUUUUCUGGAAAUCCUCCUAUGACAUGGAAAUGGAUCAUAGGCCCAAUGAUU